UAACUAAUAAUGUAUAUAUAAUUUAAAGAUAAUUAAUUUUCUGUUUUUUUUUUAUAUUUAUUUUUCUACAAUACACGAAAUGGAUGAGUUUCCAGAUUCAGAUGAAGAAUAUGAUUUGGUACAUGAAGAAGACUUUAACGUUUUAAAAGAAAUCGAAGCUGAAUUAAAUAACAAGAAGAAUAUUCAAAAUAAUAAAGAACAAACCUCACAACAAACCAAAACACAAAAAUUAUUUGAAAAUGAUUAUAGUCAGAUAACUGAUUCUAAAAAACAACAAUUACAUUUGCAACAAACAAAAACAAAAAUACUAGUUGAAAAUGAUUAUAGUCAGCCAAGCACUUCUUUCAAAACAAUUGAAUCUUAUAAUAAUCCCAUAAGUAAUUCUAGAAAAAGAAAUUAUGAUGAGCUAUUUGGUGAUAUAUCAGAUUUAUUGGAAAAAGAUACUUUCCCUGAAUUAAUAGAGCCGAAAGAAAAAAGACCUUGUUGGAAUGAAACAGAUGCUAUUAUUAAAACAGUUAUUAAUACAAGAAAAAAGUUGUUAGAAAAUGAUAGUAAUAUAUCUGUUGAAACCGAUUAUUAUCAAAAUUCUGAAAAGGAUAACAUUUCUUUACGUGUACCACCAUGGAAUUUUAUAGCAUUAACUAGACCAUUCGAUUCUCAACGUAUAUAUAUUAGAAUGAGGAAUGAAGAAAAUAUCUCUAUAGAGUCAAAAAAACCUAUUCGUAAUCUACUAUCAGUAUCAUAUAAUCAACUGAAAGCAGAAGCGGAAGAAAUUAUUGUCAACAAUGCAAAACGUGCAAGCGUAGCAGUAACUACAUCUUUUUACUGUGACGAAACAAGUGGCACUGAAUUAUGGGUUGAUAAAUAUAAACCUCAAAAAUAUAUAGAACUUCUUUCAGAUGAAAAUGUUAAUAGACAGUUUCUAUAUUGGUUAAAAUUAUGGGAUAAAGUAGUAUUUCAUAAAGAAGUAUCUACUCGAAAACAAAAGAUUAAUGUAUCUACAUCAGAUAAGUUUGUAGAUAAUAAACAAAAUGAUCUAGACGAUAAAGGAUAUCCUAUUCAUAAGAUAGUAUUACUUACAGGUCCUCCUGGUUUAGGAAAAACAACUUUAGCACAUUUAGCAGCUAAACAUGUUGGUUAUAAUAUUAUUGAAGUUAAUGCAAGUGAUGAAAGAGGACCCGAUGCUUUUAGACAAAUUUUACGUUCUUCAACACAAAUGAAAGCAGUCUUAGGUAAAGAUCCACGUCCAAAUUGUUUAAUUCUUGAUGAAAUAGACGGUGCACCGACAGCUUCAAUUGAAGAACUUAUCAGAUUUGUACAAGGAAAAUCCUCUUCCAAGGGUAAAAAAAAUAAAUUAAAAACCGACAAAGAAGGAGAAAGUUGUCAACGGCCGAUAAUUUGUAUUUGUAAUGAAUUAUAUACUCCAUCUCUAAGAUCACUGAGAAAUGUUUCUCUAGUGAUAUCUGUACCAUCAGUAAGUACUACACGAAUAGUACAACGACUAAUGGAAAUAGCACAAAAAGAAAAAUUAAAAAUAAGUCAAAAUGAUCUUCUAAAAUUAGUAGAAAAUUGUGAUUGUGAUAUAAGAUCUUGUCUUGGUACGUUACAAUAUAUGGGAAACGUUAAUAUAAAACAUAAUGUAUCUAUAGGAUUAAAAGAUUCUCGGAAGGGAUUAUUUGAUACAUGGAAAGAAAUUCUUAAAGUUCCUUUUACUAAACUAGGUAUUCUAUCCACUCGUGAUAGAAUGCAUAAAGUAUUGAAAAUAGUACAAAGUGGAGACAAUGAAAAAUUAGUUCAAGGCAUAUUUCAUAAUUAUCCUAUAAAUUGUUCUGAGAAACUUCAAAAUGUAUCUGUAGCGACUGAAUGGUUUCAAUUUUAUGAUGGAAUUUCAACCUGUGUUUUACAUAAUCAAAAUUGGUCGAUUAUGCCGUAUAUAAAUUAUGCAUUUCUUACAUGGCAUUUGUAUUUAUCUACUACGAAAAUUCCGAAAUUAUUUUUCCCUAUUAUCAUAUUUGAAACAAAUCAAAAAAUUGCUAAAAACACAAGCAACUUAACAACAGUGAAACGUAAUCGUGGAAAUGAUAAUAUAACAUUGAUUAUGGACUUUACUCCUAUUCUACCAGAUCUAUUGAAUCCACAAAUACGUACUGUUUCUGGUCAUUUAUAUUCUUCUACAGAAAAAGCUAAUCUCUCACGUGUUGUUAACAUUAUGAUUGAUUUUGGACUUACUUUAGUACAAGAAAAAAAUGCAGAAGGAAAAUACGAAUACAAACUGAAUCCUGAUAUUUAUGAUAUUGGCUGCUUUAGUGAUUGUAAAAAUCGUAUAAAAAUUCCUUAUACUGUAUUACAAAUUAUUUCUCAAGAAUUACAAAUUGAAUUUGUUAAGAGAUUUACAAAAGUCACAGGAAUUACCCAAAAUAAUACUGAGAAAGAAGUAGAAAACAAAAUUCAUGACAAGGGCAUGAAUGUAAAUUCAAUAACAUCAGAAACAUCUAUGAAAAAAGCCUCUAAUGCAUCUAUCAUGUCAAAUUUUCUUAAAUGGGGUAAUACAAUUCCAGCACCAAUUUCGCCAAAAAGAAAUUUAUUAGGUGAAACAGCAGUACCAGAUGAUAAUAAUUUAAAAACAUAUACAAUAGUAUCUCCAAAAUCUAAAGGAAUAAAACAAAUCCGAGACAUUAUAGAUAAAUAUGGUGUCUGGUAUAAAUAUAAAGAAGGUUUAACUACUGCAGUACGACGACAAGUCUUAAUAAAAGAUCUAUUAUAACUAUUUUUAAUAUUAAUUAAUAUAUACGUAUACAUAUACAUAUAUAUAAUAUA